AUGGCGGAUGCUCCGGGGAGUCCCCCCGACGAGAGCGGCGGCGAUCAGAGCCCCCGGUCCAACGUUCGCGAGCAGGACCGGUACCUCCCGAUCGCCAACAUAAGCCGGAUCAUGAAGAAGGCGUUGCCGGCCAACGGGAAGAUCGCUAAGGACGCCAAAGAUACUGUCCAGGAAUGCGUAUCUGAGUUCAUAAGCUUCGUCACUAGCGAGGCGAGUGAUAAGUGUCAGAAAGAGAAGAGGAAGACAAUCAAUGGAGAUGAUUUGCUUUGGGCAAUGGCAACAUUAGGGUUUGAGGAUUACAUUGAUCCGCUCAAGUCUUACCUGGCUAGGUACAGAGAGGUAACCUUCCACACCAAGGGAUCUACUAGGAGUGGAGAUGGAUCAUCUAAAAAAGAUGCAAUGGGAGCUCAGCUUGUUCCAGAUGCACAGUAUGCUCAUCAAGAUUCUUUUGGUCAAGGAAUGACCUAUGUGAAUUACCAAGUGUGAAUGCCAACAGGAAGAGGAACGACGUGUCAUUGUUUCUCCCAUUCAAGCCGUAAUUAGGGAGACUCGGCUUUUCUUUUACAGCUUCAUAAUUAAGUACUUCCAACAGUUGGGAUCAAUGCUCAUGGCAUCAAAUUAUAUAGUUAGCUAAUGCGAUCAAGGACAUGUAAGUUUUAUAUUCGCCAGGGUUUGAACUCUAGAUUUAUGAAAUUGGAAGUUUGUCAUUUGGUCGGUGUAUUUCUCUUGUGAUGGGAGGUUGUUUGGUGCACUCACCAGUUGAAUAUAUCUGAAUUAAUCUG